AUGACCGACCAGCACCAGCUCGAGCUCGACUCGCUCAAGGCGACGCUGAGACAGGUGGAGCAGCACAACGAGAAGAUGAAGAGCGACAUCGCGGUGACGCGCCGCGCGACGUACGCCGCGGAGGAGACGGUUGCGCAGCUCGAGAAGGAUAAGCAAGAUCAGGCGCGUUCAUCGUAUUUACACUGGUUCCCAUACGACCCCGAUUUGCUCAUCGAUAAUUUGCAAGAUACGCUCCGGAAGCUGCACGAGCGGUGCGCGACGCACGACGCGCAGCUGAUCGCGCAGCGCAAGGAGACGACGCGCGCGAGGGAGACGCUGGAGGAGGCGGCGCAGGAGAUGGACGCGAUCAACUUUGAGAAGAAGCAGCUCGCCGCGCAGUGGAAGGCGAGUCUCGUCGGGGUGAGCAAACGCGACGACGCGUUGAAAGCCGCGGAGGGCGCGCUACGGGACCAGGCGGAGACGAGGCGCGCGGUGGAGAGCGAGACGGAGGGGUACAAGAAGAACAUACGCGAGGCGGAGGCGGAGAACGAGCAGAUGAGCGCGAUACUGCGCAAGGUUGAGAAGGAAGCGGAGGCGCUGACGAAGGAUUUCGAAAAGUGCCGCACGAGGAAAGAGGUGCUCACCGCGCAGCACGAGAAGCUCACGACGACGCUCGAGGAGACCGAGGCGACGCUCGACGCGGCGCGGAAGCGCGCGAAAGCGCUCAAGGCGGAGGAGAAGGACGCGGACGACGCGCUCGGGAGGGCGCGCGAGGACCGCAGAGCGAUCGACGAGCGCGUGCUGAGUAACCUCGGCGAGCAAAGCACCGUGGAGAAGGGCGCGAAUCAGACCGUCGCUGCGACGCGCGCCACGCGAAAGGACAUCAAAGCCGCGGAGACGGCGGUGACGAACCUGCAGAACGACAUCGCGAAAGUGCGCGUCGACGCGCUCAACGCGCAGACGCACGUCGCGGCGUUGCAAGAGACGAUGGAGGCUCUUGACGCGAGUCUCAAGGACAAGACGCGGACGAUUGAAAAGUACGAGUUGGAAAUCAAACGACGCGCGGAUGAGAUCAACAAGCGCGUCAAAGACGUCGGGCGGCUCAACCUGGAGCUCGAUAAGCACAAGGGCGACGGCGACGACGGCGAGAACCUCGGCCCGCUCGAGGCGACCAUCAAGAGCAUGCACAAGGAGGCGGACGCGACGGCGAAGGAGAACAAAGAGCUGCAGCGGCGGUGGGUCGGACAUCAGACGGAGCUCGUCGCGCUCGUCAACGAAAACAACACCCUCACGGAGAAAACGCAGCGGCUCCGCGCGGAGCGCACGAUAUUGGAGCGACGCAAGACGCGGCUGGACGCCAACCACGAGCGCCAGGAGGGCGAAGGCGCGUCGGAUUCACACUGGUCCCCAUACGACCGCGUUGGCGUGGUGAACGCCGAUCCUUAA